AUUUAAUGCUCCAUGUAUGUGUCCAAACAUUUGAUGUGAUGUUUUUGGCUAAAAAUUUUUUGAUCUAAACAAGGCCUAAGAGCAAGUAUAAUAUUAAGCUAUAAGCCUACUAUAAGCUUAUGUGGAGGAAAGAUAUAACAAAAGGUCAAGGAUGUUGGCUCUCAUGCAAGAGCUAGCUUAACACAAGCUCCUAGGUAAAUACAUUAAAUGUAUAGGUGAGAGAGGAAAAGAAAAUUGUAGCCAACCUUAUAGCUAAUCCAUUAUAUAUGUUGGCUUUAUGAUGGGUUAAUAGUAGGAAGUGAGCUCUAUUAUUAUCCUUGCUCUAAGGCUGUGUUCGGUACUGGAGGAUGAGAACCUAUCUUCCUCGCACAGAAAACGAAGUGGUCCAUUAGCACGUGAUUAAUUAAGUAUUAGCUAUUUUUUUUUAAAAAAAUGGAUCAAUAUGAUUUUUUAAGUAACUUUCGUAUAGAAACUUUUUGUAAAAAACAUACCGUUUAGUAGUUUGAAAAACGUGCGUGCGGAAAACGAGAUGGAGGAGUUGGAGGAUUAGUGUAUAACGGAUUGAAAUGGGUUCCCAUAAGAACUAGUCUUCAGACGGGCGACCGUUCAGGCUCCAUCACUACCAUCUUUACCGUAACUAGUCGAUCAUCGGAAAAACACUUUCAGUCACCCGAGCUUAACGGUGCUGUUGGCUCUACCAUUACAUAGAUAAGUACUUUUGAUGAAUUAAUCCAUCGUGAUACUAGCCAUCUUACAAUAUGGAACCGAUGGAUUAAGGCGACCGAAGGUUAGAUGGUGGAUCCACUGGUGAUUGAGAUGAGGUUUGCUUUACCAUACGGAUUUCAGUUAAGUUUGAAAACUUUACAAAUUUGUACUAGUAAGUUUGAGAAUUCCUAGAGAACAAUGUCAAAAUAAGAUAAAUUUUGCUACAUGACACUUAAAUUUGGUAUAAUUUGCUGAUGGAUAUUGCAAAAACAUGUCUGAGACUAGAUAACACUAAAAAGCUAGUGAUUUGUUGGAAGACAUUUUUUGGCCCAAUCGGAAAGAAAACUUCUUCAAAAAGACGAGAGUAUCCUUGGGGCCGUUGGAGUGAAAAUUUAGAAAUUGUACAACUCUUAAUUUGUCUUCAUCCAAAGCACAUCCAUACCUCAUAUGUCAUCUUCACUCUAGCUAGCGUCAAUUUAGAGGCUUGUGGUCCUAGGAGCAUUCUCGUCUCUUUGAGGAAUGUCGUCCUCCUUAAAUCAUGAUAUGUUUUUCAAUGUCUAGGAUCAUAGAGCAAAAUUUGCCUUGAAAUAAUAUAUGGUGAUGGUACACCCUUAAAGCAAACAAACAAAUCAACAAGGGGUGUGGAAUUUGAGGGAAAACUCAAAACACGAGGGAAACAUGGGAGUGCACACACCACACCGUAGUACGAGCAGGGAGUGCCUUUGUCUCUACGCCAUUCCUCUUGCUCCAUAUUUGUUUGUCCUCAUUAACUUGUUCUAUUGGUGCCAUCCAUAUCUCUAUCUGAGAGUUGGGAGCUGUGACCGUUGAUCUCGAGAGGAGUGGUCCUGGACUUAGAUUACAGUUAAUUAGCUAGGGAAUCAUUAACUUAACUAUGAUAUCCACAGCCCUUAUGCACUUCUUGCAUAGAUCCAAAUCUCCUGUCUUAGUUUUGUAGGAUCCUCUUGGCUCGUAGCAGCUAGACAGCAAAAAAUUAAUGAAUCGUACGGACGGUUUCCUUUCAUUUUGUCUUGGUAACCUUGAUCCAAUAAAAUACUAUAAUAAUAUUAAGAUAUCUGAAUUGUAGCAUAAAAGUGGCCUGAUUAGAUAUUUAAACAGUGUCAGACCUUCAUUUAUAGUGUUUGAAAACUAAAGGAAUCACAAGUUAAAAUCAAUUAGCAAAAGCGUGAACAAGGUUAAUAAAUAUUUCGUCGGGUGGGGUUAAGUUAAUAUUUAUAAUGUAUGAGAAAAGAUUAUUCUAGUUAGGUCGGUCCUAACCCAAUGACUAGAAUGGUGUUAAUAGUAUUAAGGUCUUGUUUAGUUGGGAAAUUUUUGGGUUUAGUUGUCAUAUCGGAUAUUCGGACACACAUUUGAAGUAUUAAACGUAGUCUAAUAACAAAAUAUAUUAUAGAUUCCACCAGAAAACUGCGAGGCGAAUAUAUUAAGCCCAAUUAAUCCGUCAUUAGUAAAUGUUUACUGUAGCACCACAUUGUCAAAUCAUGGCGCAAUUAGGUUUAAAAUAUUCGUCUCGCAAUUUACACGCAAACUGUGUAAUUAAUUAUUUUUAUCUACAUUUAAUACUUCAUACAUGUGUCUAAACAUUCGAUGUGAUGUGUGAAAAGUUUUUGUUUUGGGAACUAAACAAGGCCUAAAUAAGCUGCCACAUAGAAUCAAGAGAAGGAAACCAGAUCUUGCAUGAGACAUGGUUUCUGCACAUUCAAUACAUUAUGUGAGAUAAGUAGCAUUAAAUUUAAGUAUGGAACAAUGGUGUUUGCAUUGAAAGAGUAGUGUCUAGUACUAGUUCUUCAUGAUGUGUAGUUUAUGGAAAUUAUGUCAAGUGUCUUGGGUUGGGACUGGUUUUAUAUUGAUCUAUCCGGGGAUGGAGCCACCAUCUGGCUAUCACGGGUAGGGUGGACAGGAAGCUUGUGGCUCGUUAGCUCGGCUCGGCUCGUUUGAUUUUCCUAACGAGCCGAGCUAACAUUUUAGCUCGUUAGAGAUAACGAGCUAGCUCGAGCUUGCUCCUGAGCCUUAACGAGCCAAGACUUCAACAGACAACAGCAAAGGCCUAACAGCAAAGGCCUAGCCCAAGACAACAGCAAAAGCCCAAGACAAUAGCAAAACCGUAGUCCUCUCCUCACUCCUCAUCGCAUCGGCGUCGGCGGCUCAUCCGCACCGCACGAGUACACGAUCGCAUACCGCAUCUAUCUCUAGCUCCGCUCGAUUCCUCGAUCCCUCUCUCUGGCUUCCGCAGUGGCGCAGUGUGCCGCCGCCAGUCGCUCUCCUCUCCUCACCUCUCGCCGCGACGCCGCCCAGCCGUCCUCUUCCACCGAAGAAGCUCUCCUCGCCGCUGCCAGCUUCUAGGGCCGCCGCGCACUUCCCCAGCCAGCGCUAGAAGCUCUCCUCUCCUCACCUCUCGCCGCGCCGCCGCCAACCGUCUUCUUCCACCAAAGACCGGCCGCCUACCCCGCCCCCACCGGCCACCGCCUACUCCACCCCUGCCAGCCGCCGCCUACCCUGCCCCCGCGGGCCGCCACCCUGUGCCACACGCUGCCCACUGCCCAGCCGCCCACCGAUGGUUUGGCUCAUGAGCCUAACGAGUUAGCUCGAGUUUUCAAACGAGCCGAGCUAAGCUUGGUUUCUAGCUCGUUAGGUAACGAGCCAAGCCGAGCCAGCUCUUUAUCUUAACGAGCUAGACCGAGCCGAGCCGGUUCACUAUCCACCCCUAACCACGGGCAGCCGCCCGGGCUUGGCAUCGAAUACAUCAUUAAAUAAUUAUUUGUUAAAGGGAUUUAAAGUUGAUAACCUUGUAGCAAAUACGAGGUAAAAUGUAUAUUUUAGUUUGUCCAGUUCAAAAAUCUUUUUGGCUAUGUUACUGGUUCUGUCGACGAGCGGUGCCAAGGCUCGAAGUGUUAGCCCAUCUUCUUUUUAAUCAAUCUGUGCAAUAUUGAAUUUAUUAUCCAUUUUUUCUUUCUUCCCUCCGCUUCAUCUUUUAUAUUAUAUUGCUAAGUGGGCGUCAUCGUCCCCAUGAUUAUGGAGUCAAUAUCCUCCACUCUUCCGCACAUAAAAUUUGACAAUUCGACCCUUGCAGAAAACUAAUUUCGUAAAUAAACCUUGGCCAAAACUUAUUUUAAAAAUGACCCUUUUGUUUAACACUAAAUCGUAUGGCACUGAACUUAGACACCAAAUCAUUUUUUAGGAGCAACUCUACAAACUCCACUAAAAAAACAUAGGAUCUGGACCGUUUGGCAUAGCUUCGGCUCUAGGUAAGUUGGAAUUGAGAGUUAGAGCUGUGCCACACAGCUUCUUAUAAGUCAAACAUUUAUAUCUUUGACCAUUAAAUUUCUGAAAUUUUGUAUAGCUGAGCAACACAUGAAUUAUAUUUCAUGAAAAUAUUUCUCGUGACUAAUCUAAAAACAUAAAGGCUAUAUGAGUUUUUAGAAAUUGAGACAAAGCAAGAACGACAAUUAAUUUAAGAUGGAGGAAGCACUGAAAAUUCUUUGAAUGCAUAAAUCCAACAAUAUAUAAAUUCCACACAAAACAAUUCUUUUUUUACAAGCAUGUAAAAUUAAAGAAAUUCACCAUGUUUCCAUAAAUAACCUGAGAAUAAUUUGUGCUCCCAAAAGGCUUGUACCUUGGCAGCCUUUGAGUAGUUUUAACACAGCGCUGACAGCUUAUUAUCACGGAAUCCCAGGGCAGAUGGGGUUCCGACUGUCAAUGCACGGGUAAAAAUACUCCUAUAAAAGACAGGCCACUAGCAGACACUUCGCUUGGGGUGAAUCAAAAGCCCCCUUUUUGUUUCGUUUCGUUUUGUUUUUACAGUCACUUUAUCCCUGUUUUGAAAAAUACCCUUUUGUUUUUAUGCUUUCUUGACUAGAUUCUGCUCUGCCAUUAUUUCCUAUUUAUAGGUUGGGAUAUUAUUUAGUACAUGAGUUUAACAGUGUCUAAUUUAUUUUAUAACGGAGAGAGUAGAUCAGACGACCCUGCCAUUCAGCCUAUGCCGAAUCUCCAAGUCCCAACGGCUACCCUCGGUAAUAAGCCAAAUCUUUUAUCGUUGACUAAUCUAAAUCAUUUAGUAGAGUUAGAUCAGGAUCGGGUUUAUCAUUAGUACACUCAGCCAGUUGGUAACGGCCAGGUAAUGUCAGUUCUCUCGCGCGGUGAUGCCGAAUCAAAUGUAAGGUUUUAAUUAAUGACCAGGUUUUAGUGUUUUUCCAGAGUUCACUCAAACUAUGGUGUGGUUGAGUUAUUGGGAAAAUUACGCCUAAACACUCCUAUGUUCCAAGUACUCCCUCCGUACCAAAAUAUUACAAUCUAAGAGCUUUUCAUGUUCAUAGUCCUACCGUGAGUCUAAUUGCAUUAUAGGUUAAUAAUAUUUUAGAAUAUAGGAGGUAGUAGUUUGUGUUAUUGGGAUAAUUCAGGCGUUAUUAUAUAGUAAUUACUCUAUAUUGUAUUAAAUUAUCUAUGCUAAAUGUACUAUCUCCGUUCCGAAAUAUAAAUAUUUUGAGUUAUGAAUCUAAAUAAUUUAUGUAUUAGAUUCAUAGUUAAAAGUUAUCAUAUUUGAGACAGAGGUAGUAGCUAUCUUAUUUUAAUUUUUAGGGUGCAAAAGUAAUGACUCAAAUCAUAGAAAACGUGCAUAUUCUCGUGUUGUACUAUGUUGUUCAAACUCCAUGGUAGAGGGAAGGAUGAAUUUUGAUGCUAUUUUUAACUAUACCAUUUCUUUAAAGUUGUCAAAAAAAUGUUUACGUUUACUUUAUUGCUAAAUUUGGUAAAUACAUAAAAAAUCCUACUAAAAUUUUGAUAAUAUUAUCAUCUUACCAAAAAUUUGGCCAGAUUUAUUUUGGCUACAAUCUAAACAGUUCUGAGAUAUACAACGUAGUACUAAAACAGCAUCAUAGUGGGCCACCCCCAAACCCCUGGGCAACCCCACAAGCUCAGAGACUCGAGGCCCCCCACACACACACACACUAGUAUUAUUAUUAUUAACGUUCACCUUGCGCUUCCUCCGCAACGACCACAUCCAUUUGAUCCACCUCUCUUUCCUCGCCACCGACUUCGCCAGAUGGUCGACGUCGACCGCCGCCCGCCGCUGCCGCACGGCCUCCCGCGCCCGCCCUCCCACGCCGCCGGCCUCCGCCGCCUCUCCACCCGCGCCUCCGCCCCCACCACCCCGCGCGCCUCGCCCGCCACGCCGUCUCCCUCCUCCGCCGCCGCCGCCGCUCCCUCCCCUUCCGCCCUCGUCGCCCACCUCGCCGCCGCCGGCGUCUCCGUCCUCCCGGGCCUCUCCGACCCGGAGCUCGCCCACGCCGAGGCCGCGCUCGGCGGCCUCCAGCUCCCUCCCGACCUCCGCGACCUCCUCGCGAUCGGCGUCCCGUCCGGGGACGGCUUCCCGGACUACCGCUCCCCGGCGGGCCUCCGCCUCCUCCGCUUCGCCGCCGAGGAGGUCCCCGCCGCCGUCGCCGCCGCGCUGCCCGGCCGCCGGGCGGGGGGGCGGGGGCGGUGGUGCUCCUCCUCCCCGCCGCCUCUCGUCCCGCUCUACGGGCGGCAUUACGUGCCGGCCGUGCCCUGCCUCGCCGGGAACCCGGUGUUCCACGUCUCGGACACCGGCGUCGCCGUCGCCGGCGCCAACAUCGCAGCGUUCCUCCUCCGCGCCUUCGCCGCGGAGCCGCCCCGCGGCGCGCCCCUCCGCCGCCAGCUCUCCGCGCCGAUGCCCCCGCCGGCGCCGUCUCCCGCGCCGUCCACCGCCCGCCGCAGCCUGGACUCCGCCACCGGGAAGGCCCCGCGCUGGAUCGAGUUCUGGACCGACGCCGCGGCCGCCGGCGACCGCUUCGUGGAGGUCAGCACGUGCACCAGCACCCGCGCGAACGCGGCGCCGCAGUGGGUGAGGUCGUACCUGGAGUGGGCGGGGUCCGUGCUGCGGCGCGGCGGGUGGGGCGGCGGCGAGGUGGAGGAGAUGACGACGGGAAGCGGCGGCGGCGGCGAGGAGGCGGUGGCGUUGGCGCUGACGGUGGACAGGUGCUGCGGCGAGCUGGGUCGGGCGGGGUGGGGGGCGGAGGAGGUGGUGGAGGCGCUGGGGGCGCUGCUGGGGCCGAGGACGAGGAAGAGGCCGGCGGUGGCGCUGCCGCCGGACGUGGCGGCGCGGGUGGGGAGGCUCGCCGAGGCCGUCUCGCGGGCGGUGUUUACCGGGUCCGGGUCCGGAUCCGGCGGCAACCCGGAACCCGCCAAGAGGCCAUUUUGAAAUCCGGGAAAGCCUCUUUUUUUUUUUUUUCCUUUCUCUUCUCCCUGUAGUUUAGCAGACAGCGGUAGCUAGCGCUGUGUUCUCUGUGUACUUGAAUAGUACUACUAGUGGUAAUCGUACAGGAGGCACUGUUUGCAUGUGCCUUUGUACUCAGUACUCACCAUUUCCCAUGUUAAUACAACAAACUACUAAGUCCCAAAUAAUCCUGGGUGUUUAUUA